AUAUGCUGGAUUUCUGCAGUUGCUGGAUGCAUGGUGCGGCUGCUCUCUACAUGAUGUGGCUGCUCUGGUUGCAUGUUGCAGCUGCUCUGGUUGCAGUAGUGAAGCUGCUCUAGUUGCAGUAGUGCAGCCGCUCUAGUUGCAGUGGUGUGUUGCUCUGUUGCAGUGGUGUGUUGCUCUGUUGCAGUGGUGUGUUGCUCUGUUGCAGUGGUGUGCUGCUGUGGUUGCAGUAGUGCAGCUGCUCUAGUUGCAGUGGUGUGCUGCUCUGUUGCAGUGGUGUGUUGAUCUGUUGCAGUAGUGCAGCUGCUCUAAAUGCAGUGGUGCGGCUGCUCUGGUUGCAUGGUGCUGCUGCUCUGCUUACAAGGUGCGGCUGCUCUGGUUGCGUUGCGCGGCUGCUCUGGUUGUCGUGGUGCGCCUGCGCCGGUUGCCGUGGUGCGGCUGCGCCGGUUGCCGUGGUGCGGCGCUCAGACUCAACAUGGCGGAAGGUGAAAAUCCAGUAAACGCGCUCCAGUUGUGUACGAGAUGGUGGGAGGCAUCAGAUCGGCGGUCUGCAAUACUCCAGUAUGUGGCGGAGAAGGUCCCCCGUAUUUAUUGCCUGCAGGCUGAACCCCAGCCUCUGGAAGAAGAGGAAAGGGUACAGGAACUCAUCCUGCAGCCUUUGGGCUACUUCCUGUUUGGGGAGGAACCUAGUGUCGGCCUAGAGAAACUCCAACAAAGAAGCGGGGGCUCUACCUCUCAGCUGUGUGGGCGUGUUUUUAAAGAGGGAGAGACGGUCUACUCCUGCAGGGACUGUGCAAUAGACCCUACCUGUGUGCUGUGUAUGGACUGCUUUCAGAACAGUGUACACAAAAGUCACCGCUACAAGAUGCAUGCAUCAUCAGGAGGAGGCUUCUGUGACUGUGGCGAUUUGGAGGCCUGGAAGAACGGCCCCUGUUGCUCCCAACACGAUUCCAUAGCCAUGGAAACAGACGAGUGUGUGUUGGAGGCAGCUCUUCAAGAACGGGCUCAGGUGCUGUUCCAGGUUCUGUUUCAGUAUGUUACUGAUCUAAUGGUCUGGGAAGAAGAGGAUGAACUUCCAGUGGAGUUGGAACCUAGAUCAACGGAUAGCAUGUACUACUGUGUGCUUUACAAUGAUGAGCACCACUCAUAUGAUCAUGUGAUCUACACUCUUCAGAGGGCCAUCAACUGUAACCACUCUGAAGCUCAUGCACAUACUGCUCUUAUUGACAAGGAGGGGCGCAGAGCUGUCAAAAGAGGAAGCCUUAGAACUUGUGAACAAGUCAGAGAGCUUAUAAAGUCCAGCUCAGAACAUAUUACCCAGCAGCCCUUGCGAGUGGAGCUCUUGCGUUCAGCUGUCAUGGCUCAACAGACCUUUGCCCUUAGGUUGUGUACCUGGUUACAGCAGAUCAUUGGCUACUCAGUGGGCUUUAGGCAGGUGUUUUGCCAGGUGGCUCUUGAGCCCAGUGCUGACAGCAGUAAACUUUGUUUGAUCAGCAGACUCAUGUUGCAUGAUGCCAGACUUUACAAAGGAGCUCGCAAGGCUAUCCACGAGCUGAUUUUCUGUAGCCUGAUGAUGGAAACAGAAUACAAGAGGCAGUUUGCCAUGAAAUUCACAGAGGUUUGUUGUAUUCCCACAUUGAUAAACAUAGUAUCAAAAUACAAUACCCUGGGAAGACUCCUGGUAUUAUCUUUGUUUUCAUGCGUCUUUCAUCAGCAUUACAAGCAAUUACAAGAGGAUUUCAUUAGAGAUGACCAUGAGCGGAACAUCUCCAUUACAGCCUUGUCUGUACAAAUCUUCACUGUUCCCACUCUGGCCAGGCAGCUGAUUGAAGAGGGCAGUGUGAUAAAGGUGAUUAUCGACACAGUAAUGGAGAUGCUGAGGGAACGUCUAGACAUCAACCAGCGCUUUUAUUUUCAGGGCUAUAAUUCUGACAAGUUCUUCAGAGUUCAAGUGAUAUUCCAUGACCUCAAGUACAUUUUAAUCAGUAAACCCACAGUAUGGACUGAACAGUUAAGAGAAAAGUUCCUGGAAGGUUUCACAGUUUUUUUAGGUUUCCUGAAAUGUAUGCAGGGAAUGGAGGAAGUCAAAAGGCAGGUUGGUCAGCACAUUGAGGUGGAGCCAGAAUGGGAGGCAGGUUUCACAAUUCAGAUCCAACUCCGCCACAUUCUGUCUAUGUUUCAGGACUGGUGUUCCUCUGAUGAAAGACUUUUACUGCUAGCCUUUCAGGAGUGCCACCGUGCGCUUCAGUGCUGCACCAACCAGCCCUUCCACAGCGAGCCCACGGAUUCCUACAUGUGCAAGCAUAUUCUUCAUACCCGCUCUUACAAAGUCUCUCUAGAACCUGUCUCUAUCCACCUGCCCAUUACCAGACUCUUAGCUGGUUUGUAUGUCCUCUUGUGUCGAACAGGCGCUGUAAAAUACCUCCCUGACUUUGUGGAUUCUGAGCAGAUGGAUUUCCCCUACUUUGCUGAGUUCCCUUUGCGUUGUGUGGUCCUAGCUGCUCAGGUGUCUGCGGAAAUGUGGCGCCGAAAUGGCCUUUCCCUUGUCAGCCAGGUCUACUACUAUCAGGAUGUGAAAUGCAGAGAUGAGAUGUUUGACAAAGACAUCAUUAUGCUUCAGAUUGCUGCUUCCAAAAUGGACCCCAAUCAUUUUGUCAUGCUAAUUCUACAGAGAUUUGAGCUCUUUGAGAUAUUUAAUGGAAAUUGCUCAAGUAAAGAUCAGGAGCUUCAAAAACAGUGGAACAGAUUGACAGAAGAAAUGCUCUCCUUGUUGAUUAUCAUCACAGGUGAGCGGUAUGUCCCUGGGAUCAGUAAUGUAACUAAAGAGGAUGUGACGAUGAGGGAAGUGAUUCAUCUUCUGUGUAUAGAACCUAUGGCACACAGUAGCAUGGUUAAAAACCUGCCUGAAAAUGAAAAUCAGGAAACUGGGCUUGAAACCGUUAUCUCAAACGUUGCCACAUUCCGGAAACCUGGUGUUUCUGGUCAUGGUUUAUAUGAAUUGAAAAAGGAAUGUCUCAAGGAGUUUAACCCCUUCUUUUAUCAUUACACCAAAUCACAGUACAGCAAGGCUGAAGAUGCACAGAAGAAGAGAAGGGCCCAGGAAGGGAGUGACAAAGCUCUUAGGCCUCCAGUACCACCUCCCUUCUCCCAGGCCUUCUCCAGCAUAGUGCAAUUGCUAUGCUGUGAUGUGUUUAUCCAUGUGCUGAGGAGAGUGCUGCAGAGGGCAGUUGAGGAGCGUUCUGCUCUGUGGACCGAAGCCAUGAUCCAGAGGGCAUUGCAUCUUGUAGGCCAGGCUUUGCUAGAGGAAAAAAAUCAGUUGGAGGCCUGUACAGUUGAAGAAGUGACAUUUGACUUCAGUCUCAAAGCUCGGAAAGUUGGCUCAGACCACGGCAAGUCAUUGUUUAAUUUUCUGUCCAAAAUGAAGUCACAACCUUCUCUUGAAGCUCACAAUGACAUGAUAAGUUGGACACUACAGAUGUUUGAGAUUGUGAAGUGCCUUCGUGAGAAAUCCAUCCCCUCACCUUCAUAUACAGCAGACCAGGCCAAGGUAGAGGAGAGCAUUCAUGAUAAAGAGAAGGCAGAGCGGAAAAGGAAGGCCGAGGCUGCUAAGCUUCACAGACAGAAGAUCAUGGCUCAGAUGUCUGCCAUGCAGAAGAACUUUAUUGAAACUCACAAGAUGCUGUAUGAUAAUAUGCCUGAGAGUGGGAGUCAGGGCGAGUCAGUGGUCUCAAUUGAGAGCAGCAUAUUGGCGCUAGAGAGCCGUGUGGCAGUCGGGCCUAAGCACGGAGUGUGUCAGGCUGACUGGGAAACGCUCACUUGCAUCCUGUGUCAAGAGGAACAGGAGGUACAGGCUCAGGCUCCAGCCAUGGUUCUUACUGCCUGUGUUCAGAGAUCUACAGUUCUCACCCAGUGCAGGGGCAAAACCCUCUCUCCAAAUGAAGGCUCUUAUCCAUUGUUCAUGCCUCCUGAUCUAGCUGUGGGCAUACACACUGGAAGCUGUGGACACGUUAUGCAUGCCACCUGUUGGCAGAAAUAUUUUGAGGCGGUACAGAGCACCACUAGGAACCGGCUACAUGCUGAGCUGAUUAUAGAUCUGGAGAAUGGAGAGUACAUGUGCCCACUCUGCAAAUCUCUCUGUAACACUGUGGUCCCCCUUGUUCCCAUGGAGCCAAGCAAAUUUAACUAUGAGAGUGCUGAAAUGAUUGGUCAGAUUCUCACUCUUCCUCGUUGGAUACAAAACGUGCUCGCUCGGAUCAAAGGACUCAGAAUCCUUCAAGGAGCUGAAAAUAUAACUGGGACAGGAAAAGAGGAAGCUGGGUUGUUAGAGGACACACAGACUGACUUCAGGUCAAUCCUUAGCUUUGGAGUUCAGCCUCCGCCAAAAUACUCAAGCAGUAUAAUGGAAAUGCUGGUAGUGUGUGCCACCACAGUGCACAGGGUGGGUUUGCAGACAGCACCCAAUGAACUGUGCCCUCACGUGCCUGUCAUGACCUGGAACACUUGUGCCUACACCAUUCAGGCUACAGAAAACAUGCUACAAGAGGAGGGAAAAGCUCUAUUUGGAUCUCUGCAGAACAGACAGCUGUCUGGACUCAAAGCGCUGGUACAGUUCUCUGCAAUUCAGCGAAUGAAGAGUUCUCAAAAUGUUAUUCAGAAGCAUUUUACAGACAUGCUAGCAGUGUUGUUGCCUGUGCCUAAUGCAGUAAAAACACCCACUAUUUUGGAAGUAGACUUCUUUAAUCUUCUGGUGGGGUUAGUUCUGUCUGUUCCAGUGAUGUACCAAGAGGAGAGUGUUGACCUGCAGCCUUCAGCAAUCAGUUCUGCAUAUAAUCAACUCCACCUAGUGCACCUAGUCACCAUGGCCCACAUAGUACAGGUCCUACUAUCAUCACAGGACUCGAAUGCAGAAGCAGUAGGUGGAGGAGAUGCGGAGGAGGUCAGCGCAGCAGCAGCCCUGUUGUCUACUGUAUCAAAGCACACAGACGGGCUGAAGUCUGGUGUAUCUGCCUCCGUAACUGUAGACACAAUAAAGAGAGGUGUUCUACCCUUUCUGCGCUGUGCAGCACUUUUUUUUCAUUGCCUUACCGGAGUGCCUCCUCCAGAAGAGCUGUCAAGUACUGCAGUGUCCUGUGAAAAUCAGUUGCCCCUUUUGUGUAGUUACCUCGCUCUGCCCUGCAACCUGUUUCAGCUCUUCCAGGACCACCAGGACACCGCAACAUCCCUAAUACAGUGGUGGUGUGGGAAUAAAUCCAUAUCAAACAUCCUAAAGGGAGAAAUGAACAUCAGGUAUCCACGGAGGAGAAACCGGUUAAUAGACCUUCCAGAGGAUUACAGCGUGCUGCUUAACCAGGCCAGCCAUUUUAAGUGUCCAAACUCAUCGGAUGAUGAGCGAAAGCACCCGACACUGUGUAUGUUCUGUGGGGUCAUGCUAUGCUCUCAGAGCCCAUGCUGUCAGGUGCAGCUGGACGGUGAAGAGGUGGGAGCUUGCACAGCCCACGCUGCUACUUGUGGAGCCGGAGUAGGCAUGUUCCUCAGGGUGAGAGAGUGUGAGAUUGUUCUGAUGGCCAGCAGGACACGUGGAAGUACCUAUCCAGCUCCUUACCUCGAUGAAUACGGGGAAACAGAUCCUCAACUAAACCGUGGGAAUCCACUUCAUCUCUGUCCAGAGCGCUACAGGAAGCUGCACCAGCUAUGGCAGCAACAUUGCAUCCUUGAGGAGAUCGCCCGCAGUCUGGAGGUGCUCAGUGUCAUGUACGCUUUUGAUUGGCAGAUGCUCUGAGCUCAGGAGGAGGACUCUUAAAAUAUUUUACAAAUUCUCUGGGGGCUUUUGCAAAGCAAUGUUUUCUCUCUCAGCAUUUAAAAUAGUAGUUCAAACUGAAAAUUGCAGCAGCACAGGAUUAUUAUUAUGAUAAUUGUUUUUUUUUCCCACUUAAUUCCAGCUUUGCAUCCAGAAGUGUAUUACUGUGAAGUGGGGGUGAAAACACACUAUGUUUAUUGUACAGCUAGUGCUGUUUCCAGAAUUCAGUUGUCUCCGUUGUAUACGAGUGUCAAGAGAUGAAAAAAAGUGAGACAGCUUUCUAUUGUCUUGCGUAUGCACUUUUUGCAAAAAAUGCUUUCCAUUCUUGUUUGUGUAAUUGCUCACCCAGUGAUCAUCCUCCUCAGAUAUGAACAUGUCACCUUUUCUCUGUACUCUAUUAAAAAAACAAACAAAAAAAACUCAUAACUGUGAAUAUAGUAUACUUAAUGUAAACAUAUGUAAACUUUAUUUUGCCAAUCUGUUUACUUCUGGUGCAGUGUAUGUUUUUCCUCAUAUAACACAAAUAUGUAUAUAAAACACAAAUGAUAAAAAAAAUAUAUUUUACUAUAAAAAUGCAGCAAAUAUAUAAGAGAAAUCAGCACUACACAAACAGUUCCAAGUUGAUAAGCUCGGGAAAAGGCAAACACCGAUAACACCUACCUGUUCAUAAGGUAUAUAUAAAUUUAAUGUUAUAAUAAGUAAUAGUCAAAUUCAUGGUUGUGUUAAACUCUCUCACUACUUAUAUUUCCACAUCAGUUCUUUCAGAAGAAUUAAAGCUGAACUUCUAAAUGGUUUAAUUUUGCAGUUGCUCGUUUGCAUUGCUUGACAGUCGUUUUCUGGCUAAAUAAAAUACUGUUAUAAAAUA